AGGAAAUUAAAAAAAUGUUUAGAGCGGCAAAUUCUCAGAAUUUAACGCUCAUAAACAUACAAAAUGUCGUCUAUAGGAUCGAAGAAUCGUUUGGAACCCUUUUUUGUUUCAUCUUGGAGGCCACACUCUAACCAACCAGUGCGAUACGGUCAUAGCGAAUUAGGUUACUUUUCCAUAGACGAAGAAAGGCACUUCUUAUCAAACAAAUGUAAACUUGGAACGUUGCAACUGCCACGGGACUCUGAUAGCCUUGACAUAGAUUUAAACGUGGGAUUUGAGCAAUGGAGAGAGCUCCCAAAUGUUCAGCAACAUCUAGAUUCCAUGCUGCAAUGGAUUCUACUAAACAAAAAAUUGUUGACGAGAACGGGUGACUUCCGUUCGAGCAAGGAUGGUGCCAGACUGGAUGUGGACUUUGUCACAUCGCGUGGUAAUCUAGCCCGUACCCUUGACAUUCAAAACGGAAAAGAUGGCAAAGGCCGAAAAUGGACUCUUUUGGCUACUAGAUACAGAGGAACAGUUUACCUGAGCCACAUCGAAGACAAUCGAGACGAAGAAAUGUCAUCCUUUGCUCGAAGAAUUUGUUACUGGGGGAAAAGGUUUGAGGUGGAAGUUACUGCACCCCCAGGACAAGACUCACUCCUGGGCUAUUCGCGUGGAAACGAAGAGGAACGAUACGGUCCCAUGAAAGCUUACCCAGGGUUCUUUUCAGUCGUAAGAUUUCAAUUGGAAGGCCAUAAGAUUGUGCUAAGAGCUGAAAUUGAUGCCCAAACGCAAGUUCUGGAUGAGCUUCAAAUUCCAGACUACGUUGAACUCAAAGUUGCGACCGAAACCAUCGUGCGGGCUCCUUGGGCCUUCAAACGAAAGAGAUUGGUACCCUGGUGGUGUCAAUCAAUCGUUUCAGGAACGCCUCUUAUUGUGUACGGUAUCCGAGACUACGAUGGUCACGUGAAACGCAUCCGGCAGGUGAGAACUGACGAGAUACCUGAUCACGUGGGACAUGAAAAUCUUGAUAAAGAAAGAUGUUUGCUGUUCUUGAGUGAUGUGCUGUCUUGGAUGAAAGACAUCGUGUUAGAAGAGGACGUUACGGAAGUCUACGCCUUUCAAUGGGAUCCGAACACACCUGCUAAUAGCGUGACGGUGAACGUACUGCGUGACGCAGAGGGUGGAUUCUUACCUGACUGGUACUUCAAUGAGAUGGAAGAUUAUUUUGCGAGUCUUAAUCACCAACGACGAAGCAAAGGUCAGAAAAGAAAAAUGGAAGACGGAAGGCAAGAUUUAGAUCGAAAUGGAGGAAUAAAGGAUAUGCGCAAACAGCUUGAAGAAUCUUGGCCGAGAUCGGCAGACUCUGGAAAGUCGAAACCUCAAGAGAAACUGCAUUGUGGGGAAUCGUCCCAACCCAGAUCGCGGAGGUUUUAUGACGACAGCGACCGCGAUCGCGCGAGAGCAACGCAUGUAUUUCACGACGCACCUCAUAAGGGGCACCGCCCACAAAGAGAAUUGUCGCAAAGGGGAGAAUUCGAAAGACAACUCCCCCUUCGUCACACUUCAAGCGCAGCGUAUGGAAAUGAUACAGGGCGUGCCGUAGGAACAGAGACGCAACUUGAGUUUGGCAAAACUAGCACUCGUGGUGAUCACCGGCCUUCAUCGCGGCAGUUUCAUAAGAGUGAUAGGGAACAAACUGAAAAUUCGAGAAGAUGUGAAAGACACCGUCGAGAGGGGGAAGAUCAAAGACCGCCACGGGCGCGCUCGGUUACGUCGCCCUGUAUAGAAACACGUUCCCGUAGAUUGGGCGAUAAAAGUCAUCCUUUUGCUGAUGCUGAACGAAUAUCAGAACAGUCAAGAGUUAAACGAGCCAAGCGAGAUCCACAUAAUCGAGGUUUCAGAAGAUUUUAAUUUUCAUACCGAAUCUUCUGAAAAGAACAGUGACAUCGAAAUCCAGUUACUUGUAAAUGAUCUUCCAAAAAAAAAAAGGAAAAAACGAAAAAAAAGGGGAGAACAGCACGCGAGGAAAUGCAAGAUAAUGAUCAUCAGAAAGCAAAUUUUUAGUGCAUUUAAAGUUUUCACUUUGAAUGAUAUAUUAUAUCAAUUUAUAUAUAUAUAUGAGUGUAUUUAUAUAUAAGAAGGAACAACUUUGCUAAAUCACUGCGAUAGCAGGUGUACGUGAAUAUGGUUAUCAAAAUGCUUUUGUGUUAA